CUGACCCAAAAUUUGUGAAUUAGGCACGUCAACGGAUUUGACAGCAGCUUUUUUCGGGGUGCAUUUGCGGAAGAUCGUUAGAGUAGAGGACCAUGAAGCUUCUUCAUAGCAGUGAUACAGUCUCUGUUCCUGACGAUGUCACCGUUAGUGUGAAAUCUCGAGUGGUUACAGUUGAAGGGAAGUAUGGAAAACUCGUUCAUGCGUUCAAGCAUAUUCCUGUUGAUUUAAAGCUGACGAAUAAUAAUAAGCUUAUUAAAGUUGAAAUGUGGUUCUCAACUUCAACUCAAAGAGCGUGUAUCCGAACACUAUGUAGUCAUAUCAAAAAUAUGAUUAUUGGUGUAUCGAAGAAAUUCCAAUAUAAAAUGCGUCUAGUCUAUGCUCACUUUCCCAUUAAUGCCACUAUAACUAAUGACAGCUCAUGUUUGGAAGUACGCAACUUUAUGGGAGAAAAGAAAUUAAGAAAAAUUAAUUUACUCCCUGGCGUCACUGUUGACAAAUCUAAAGAUGUAAAAGACGAGUUGAUUUUAACAGGAAUAAAUAUUGACACUGUUUCACGUUCAGCGGCUCUUAUUCAUCAAUCCACUUUAGUGCGGGAGAAAGAUAUUAGAAAGUUCCUUGAUGGUAUCUAUGUUUCUGAAAAGACUACAGUGGAGGCCAUGUAAAAUAUUACGUUCUCGUUUUUUUUUUUAACACAAAAUUAAAUAUAAUUUCUCUGAGAGUCGUGUUCGUUUCAACAUAAAAACAUUAAACACUCACAUUAUGCUUAUUAAAAAAUAGUAAUUUUUUUUUGUAAGUGGAAGUUAAAUAAUAUUAUAAAAAUAUAUGAUUUAUAUAAAACGGGAGUAGGAGAAAGAAUUUACGAUUACAUGUCGUGUUUACUAAAUUGGGACUUGUGGCAUA